CCGAGACACGCCGGGACCUCCCCGCGAAUCCAGGCCGGGUUUUCAAACACGAAGCCGGAAGCAACCGCGAGCCGGAAGUUCCAGAGUCCGCCCUGAGGGGGGGAGGGGAGCAGGAGGAAAACAGCGUAGGAUGGCGGCUCAAAUUCCAAUUGUGGCUGCCCCUUCCACUCCAGGGAUAGCUCGGAAUAGCAAGAAAAGACCUGCUAGCCCUUCCCACAACGGCAACAGCGGAGGGGGGUACGGCACCGGUAAGAAGAAAAAGCUCUCCGGCCCUGGCUUUGCGCAGGGCAUCAGCAUGGAAGCCAUGAGUGACAAUAAAGUGGUGUCCUCUGAGUUUAGCACAGGCCCUGUGGAAAAAGCUGCCAAACCUUUGCCAUUUAAGGAUCCCAACUUUGUGCACUCUGGCCAUGGUGGUGCAGUAGCUGGCAAGAAGAACAGAACCUGGAAGAACCUGAAACAAAUUCUCGCCGCUGAAAGGGCAUUGCCUUGGCAACUGAAUGAUCCUAACUACUUCAGUAUUGAUGCUCCUCCAUCCUUUAAACCAGCUAAGAAGUAUUCUGAUGUUUCAGGCCUCCUUGCGAACUACACAGACCCACAGAGCAAGCUGCGGUUCAGCACCAUCGAAGAGUUUUCCUACAUUCGGAGGCUGCCCUCCGAUGUCAUCACGGGCUACCUGGCCCUGAGGAAGGCCACCAGCAUUGUUCCCUGAGCCUGAGAAAUGCAAAGUGGAAACUGCUUCAAAGGCAGACUUUGGACUUGUGAUUUUGUUUCAUGGAAACAACUCAUUCUGCUGUCAAUCUGAAAAUGCCAGUGCUGUGCCUUGGAAAGAAUGUUUGGCUUUAACUUAAGAGUUUUUUCUGUGUUUUUCCUCCAAGUGUGAUAUUUCCUGCUGAAUUAAAUUAUGCUUCAGUUAUUGCCGCAAGUAAAAUUGUUUGACAAGAAAAUACAAUAACAUUGUGCUUUUCAUUUA